AUGGACGUAGGCAACAUAAUUUUUUCAGAUAAUGAACUUUCAGGUUCUCUUUCGCCGCGCAUCUUCCAAAGCCAAUCAUUAUAUGCGCUUUCUCUAUCACGCAACAAUUUUUCAGGAGAGUUGCCAAAAAACAUUGAAGAUGGUGUUGACUUGACGUUUCUCAUGUUGGCUGGGAACAUUCCAACAUCAUUAACAAAUAUUUCUAACCUUCUUCUGUUAGAUUUAGCAAAUAAUAGUUUUUCAGGAAGAUCUCCACUUUUUUCCUCUGACGCAGGACUUGAAGUCAUUUAUUUCACCAAUAAUCAAUUAUCAAGUGAGAUUCCAGUUGCUUUUCCUGAAAAAAAUAAACUACUUUCAUUAGCAAAUAAUAAUUUCUCAGGUAAUAUCCCUCAGAAACUGGCUACCCUCAACCACCUUGAAGAACUAGAUCUCCAUGACAACAAAAUCACAGGUGAAUUGCCAAGAUUUCUCUUCAAGAUAUUUACCAUUCAAAACCUCAUUCUACGCAAUAACUCCCUCCAUGGUUCAAUACCUUAUGAAAUUGCCAACCUAACCAAUCUUAGAAUCCUUGACGUCUCAUCCAACAACCUUAGUGGCAAAAUCCCUGCCAAGUUUGGUUAUCUGGUUGGAAUGAUUGAAACGUCAAAUACCAUGUCUUCAGAAUUUCAGAUUUUGACAACAUACCUGUCAAACAACAAACUUUCUGGGAAAAUUCCGUCUUCAUUAGGUUUUUUGGUUAGACUAAAACUACUUAACAUCUCAUAUAAUAACCACUUCGGAAAGAUACCAGCGAGUUUUGGUAAUUUACAGAAUCUAGAGAGUUUGAACUUGCCACACAACCAACUGUCCGGACCGGUUCCAGAAGCACUAUCAAAGCUGCAACAAGUUACUACUUUUGAUGUCAGUAACAGCAAGCUAGAGGGAAAAAUCCCAGUUGGUGGCCAGAUGGACACAAUGAUUGAUCCAAACUCAUAUGCUAACAACUGCGGGUUGUGUGGUAUGUAG